AUGGAAUGCUAUACAGAGUUUGAUGACAGUGAUGAUUGGGUCAAGAAUGGUGGUGAUACUUUUGAAUUUGAGGAUUCUCUACCAAAGUUACCAUUACCGGACUUACGUGAUACCCUUACUUAUUUGAAGAAAUCACUGGAACCUUUAUAUUAUGCAGAUGGUUAUUAUAAGCAUCCAUUGGAUCCAAGACAAAUCAAGGCUCUUGAUGAGAUACUAAGCAAUUUCGAAAAGUCCAUAGCGUCAAGAAAAUUGCAUGCAAAGUUGGCUCAUUACCAUGAAACAGAGAACUCUUACCUGGAUAAAUUACAUUUAGAUAUCAACAAUCAUACUUCUACUAGAGAGGUACAUGAUGAUAUACUACCAAGAAACCCAUUUCUAAUUCUCUCUGAUGAUCCACUCACUGAUAUCCCGCAAGCUGAUCGUGCCGCAGUCCUCGUUCAUUCUUCUCUCAGAUUUACCUCUGCUUUGAGAAAAUAUGCUCUGCCACCAGAUGUAAAUCCUAAUACAGGGAACCAUCUAACUAUGCACCCUUACUUAAAUCUUUUCGGAACCACACGCUGUCCUGUCUUCCAAAACGGUGAAAUUGAAGGUUUCGACAUCAAUAAGCCGUAUUCUUCCUCCGAUAUCGAAGAUGAAGAAUCUGAUCAGGAUGAGACAGAACGGGAUCCUGCAACUUCCGAUGAUAAUUCCCAUGUUACGAGCGAUUUAGAAGAUGAAGAUGAAGAUAUGUUCAGUCGUCAUGGUAUCACAAUAAAACGUCAUCCAGAAACUAGACAUAUUUUGAUCAUUUCCAAAGGGCAGUACUAUACGUUAGAUGUAUUUGAUGAUGAAAAUGAUAUUCUUUAUUCAUACACUGAGCUUACUUCAUUUUUUAAUCAUAUUUUGAAAGAUUCUGUAGAAUGUUACAAUUUUAGCAAAUCGACCGCAUUAGGUAGUUUAACGUCACAUUCUUUUAAAAACUGGAAAUACGCACGUAAAAGAUUACAAAAGAGGUACCCCCAAGAAUUACAUCUAAUAGAUUCGGCUCUUUUUGUACUUGUACUAGAUGAAUCAACGAAUACCAAUGGUGACCUUGAUCAAUCAGAGGAUUGCAAGAGAUUGUUUUACGGUAGCUCUGUAAUUAACGAAAAAGGGUACCAAGUCGGAUCAUGUGUUUCUCGAUGGUACGACAAGCUACAAUUAGUUGUCACAAGCGAUUCUAAAGCAGCAGUCAUUUGGGAUUCUUUUACUUGCGAUGGAUCUGUCGCGUUGAGAUUUACGUCUGAAAUUUACACUGAAUCAAUUUUGAGAUUGGCUAAAGAGGUUAAUUCUAAUGAUCCUCGUUUUUCAUUAUGGCCCACCGUUCGACAAUCUAGUAUCUCCACACGUGAUGUAAUUUCAAAUCCUUUCAAUUACGUCAACAAGAUAGAAUGGUCGUUUACUAAUAUUUUAAAUACACACGUUCAUCUUUCAGAAACAAAAUUAGCUGAUCUUAUCUCUAAGCACGACAUUAUUAAGGCUUCGAUACCAAUAGGUCGCCGGUCUGCUGUCAGACUAGGCGUCAAGCCAGAUUCAAUGGUCCAAGUCGCGCUACAAAUAGCACACUAUUCUUUAUACGGUAAAAUGAUCUUUACUUUGGAGCCAAUUUCUACGAGAGGCUUCAAAAAUUCUAGGUCCUGCUUUGUGAAUGUUCAAAAUCAAGAGCUAUUAGAAUUAUGCCAGCUGUUUAUUUCGAAUUGUAUCGACGAACAGGGUAAGUUAGAUAAGUUUAUUCAAGCAUGUGAGAAUCACAGCAAUCAUGUCAAACUAGCAAAAAAGGGAUUAGGCUAUGAUAAACAUUUUAAUGCUUUAAGAUACUUGUUUAAGUUUCAUAAUCACUUUGGAAUAGAAAUGAAUGCACAGGAGGCCAAAGUUGCCUCUGAUUUGUUUGAAAAUCCAUUAAUCAGCCCUUUCUCUCAACCUGAACUCAUUGCAGCCAACUGUGGGAACGCUGCAACAACUGCCUUUGGCAUUACACCCGCUGUGCCUCAAGGUUUCGGAGUUGGCUACAUUAUAAAAGACGAUCAUGUCGAUCUUUCUGUAACUUCGCAGUUUCGACAGGGCAAUAGAUUGAUUUUCAUGUUGAAUUGGGUUUUAAACGAAAUUAGAGCAUACUGGCGCGUGUCACGUAGUGGGAAGGCCAGUGUUAAGAUCAGUCCCUUGGUCGAUAGGUUGUACGAACUUGAUAACUCGUUGAGAAAUAAAAAAAUGGAUGAAAGCGCUAGGAUUAGUAUUACAAGGUCUCACUCUUUUAACAAUGGUUUAGGGUUUUUUGAUAUCGAUGCCCAUAUUGAUAGCAGAAGCAUUUCAGCUACACCACCAAUAAUUUCGCACAAUAAAGCGCUUAAUAAAGAUAGUACUCCUCGUAGCUACCUCUCCAGCAGUACGAAACUAUCCACGAGAAUUACAGAGCUGGCUAUGAAUAGUAUCGAUAAUCAUUCAAGUGCUGCCUUGUCAGUUCCCACUGAAAAGGAAAAACAGGAUACCGGCCUCCAAAUCCUCCAGGUUCAGCCAACAAAAGCCGAAAAUACAUCCGAAGAGGAAGAAGAUGAAGAUGAUUUGUUGUUUAAUAUAUCUAGGCCAACGUCAAGGAGGCGCUCUAUUAACGUCGUAGACUCAAAAUUCGAAAUUGAUUUCGACAGAGCUUACGUAGGUAGAAAGGUAUCAACGUUGGAAUAG